UUCAUCGCCACUGAAUAUUGCUUUUAUUCUGAAAAACACAUCCGGAAGUAUGUUCCAUUUUUAUUCGCUCCGCUCAGCAGCGGUAUGUGAGAGACUACAGGGAAGAGAAGAGACGGUGGACGUGAGGGUUGAAUUAAACACUGGGUGGCACCGACCUUUGGAGGACCGACGGCAUCUUCAAAAGUCCCACACUCUGCUGGAUUUGGAAACAUUUCUGUCACGGUGAAGUUUAUUUAAUCCGUUUCAGAAUGUCUGGACAGAGCAUUACUGACAGGAUAACCGCUGCUCAACACAGUGUCACCGGUUCGGCGAUUUCCAAAACGGUGUGCAAAGCGACCACGCAUGAAAUAAUGGGGCCAAAAAAGAAACAUUUGGACUAUUUGAUUCAGUGCACAAAUGAGAUGAAUGUGAACAUCCCUCAGCUGGCCGACACACUGUUUGAACGGACCACCAACACCAGCUGGGUGGUCGUCUUCAAGUCCCUGACCACCACUCAUCAUCUGAUGGUCUACGGUAACGAGAGAUUUAUACAGUAUUUGGCUUCAAGGAACACACUAUUCAACCUCAGCAAUUUUUUGGACAAAAGUGGCCUACAAGGCUAUGAUAUGUCAACAUUCAUCAGAAGGUAUAGCCGCUACCUGAACGAGAAGGCUGUGUCCUACAGACAAGUUGCUUUUGACUUCACUAAAGUGAAACGAGGAUCUGAUGGAGUGAUGAGAACCAUUAACACAGAGAAACUACUUAAAACCAUCCCUAUCAUCCAGAAUCAGAUGGAUGUGUUACUUGAUUUCAAUGUCAACGCCAAUGAACUCACAAACGGUGUGAUCAACGCAGCCUUCAUGCUUCUGUUCAAAGAUGCAAUCCGACUGUUUGCCGCCUACAAUGAGGGCAUUAUUAACCUCUUGGAGAAAUACUUUGACAUGAAGAAGGUCCAGUGUAAAGAAGGACUGGACAUCUACAAGAAAUUCCUGACACGAAUGACAAGAAUCUCUGAGUUCCUCAAAGUCGCAGAACAAGUUGGAAUUGAUCGAGGCGACAUCCCAGAUCUGUCUCAGUUUACAGUUUGUGCCCCCAGCAGCCUGCUCGAUGCCCUGGAGCAGCAUUUGGCCUCUUUAGAGGGAAAGAAAGUUAAAGACUCGACAGCAGCCAGCAGGGCUAGCACCCUCUCCAAUGCUGUCUCCUCCCUGGCCAACACCGGCAUCUUCACCAAAGCGGACGAGAGGGAAAAACAGGCAGCCCUGGAGAAGAGCAGAUUACGUGUUGCUAAUAUUAACUUUAUUUAUUGCAGGGAGCAGCGUCUGAAAGAGCUCCAGAAGAAUCCUGCUACAGUGUCUACAGAGUCUUCCCCUGUCGCCACCGUGGGCGGGACCAUAAACUCUGCCCCGGUCAUUGAUCUCUUCUCCACCCCCAGCUUCAACAACAGCACCUCCCAAGCAGCCACCGACCUGCUGGACCUGCAGCCAGCUUUCCAACAGCCACUGCCUCUCUCUGUCACCAACUCAUGGGGAGGGUUCACAGCCUCCCCAACCCCCCAGCAGCCACACAACCCUCGAGGCCUUAACGUCGACUUUGACUCUGUAUUUGGCAACAACGCUAAUGCCAACAACCUGGAUUCUUCAGAUGUUUUAGGUGGCAUCCUCAAACCUACAGUGGCAUCCUCACCAAAUCAGAGCCUGACUCCAAAUGGCCAACAGCCCCACAAACUGGUGUCCACUGACCUGGACUCCUCACUGGCCAUCUUGUUGGGAGUAAAUCUGGGAAUUGGGAACGGCACAGCAAAGAAUGAUCUUCACUGGAGUCAGCCUGGUGAGAAGAAGCUGACAGGUGGAACCAACUGGCAACCCAAAAUGGCUCCUUCUACCACCUGGAAUCCUGCAACCAUGGCACCAUCUGUCAUGGCUUUUCCUGCAACCACACCAACGGGCAUGAUGGCAUAUGCAAUGCCUCCCCACAUGGGCUCCAUGAUGAUGACGCAGCCCACUAUGAUGUACGCCCAGCCUGUGAUGAGGCCACCGAACCCCUUUGGGCCCAAUCCAGGUGCACAGUCCCCCACAGCGUCUAGCCCCUCCAGUCUCAGCCCCCUCAGAGCUCCAGGGAAGGACCCCUUUGCACAGCUCUUUCUGCAGAAUUUCUUAUAGAGCACCUUUAGAUGCAGUUUAUGUAACCUGAGGGAGUCAGCGAGCCGAGCAAACGGGCUGUUUGCUUCUAAUGAACUCAUUUCUCCCCGAGAACGAAAGGCCCAAAUAAGACUGGUUGAAUAAUCUCACGUUGACUCGGAGCAGCUCUGGCCAUCCCAGAGAGGCGCCACAGUGGACGUUGUGCCCAUCUAGUCAUGUCCAAGUCAUAGGAGGAGAAGAAGAGUGUGUGCUGCCAUUUAAAAACACGUGGACAAAGAUCAGCCGUUACUGUAUCCUGGACAAAGAGAAACACCCAAAAGGCAGAGCUGUCUAACAUUACUGCUUUAAGUACCUGGAAGAAAAGGAAAAAAAAAAAAGCAAAGCAGGUUUGUUGUCACACAUGCACACUGUUUGAAUGUCCUUUUUUGUUUUGUUCUUUUUUUUCUCCAGGUGAGGCUGAGAGUCACUUCUUUUGAUCAACAAUCAUGAUUACCUUCUUAAAACGGCCUCCGAUUGGAAAACCAGUUGCAAACUGCUGUUUAUACCACACUUAUUUUUUUUCUUCUGUUUAUGUAUUGUUUGCAGUAGACAUUCCUUAUGUAUUAUUUGUAUUUAUUUAUGAUUCCUUACAAAGAGGAUUACAUAAAAAAAAGGAAAUAUAAGUAACUCACUGACCUCUCGGUUGUGGAAGGUCUUCAGGUUUAUACAUGAGUAUGAUUGAUUGUAGAACUAGAUUUUGGGUGAUUGAGAUAAUUUUUAAGAAAGAAGUUAAUAUAAAGAGAAUUCAUGUUUUAUUCUCUGUACUCGCAUGAUGCCUUGUACAGUUGUGUGGCUCCAGAGGUCACACUGAGGAUGUGUAUGAGCUUAAUAAUUCAAUAGCACCAUCAGAUAAAGGGGGUUGGUUUCUAUGGAUUUGGUGAGGGUCACAUUUUUCACAUUCAUAAAUGCACUACAUUUUGUGAUCAAGGCAACAUUGCAUUAGAAAGGAACUGCAUUUAUGCUUUUGAUGCUUUUGGCAUGCCAUUUAUUCUUACAUAUAACAAAGCUCCUGGCUGCCCUUCUCCACCCUGAGCGUACUGGGGCCCUUUCAUGCUCAGAUCGUAUAUCCAUAGGCAAGCACUUUGUGUUCAGGACAAUGGAGGGGAGGGGCGGCGUCGGGUUUAUGUUUGGGUCAGACCUGUAACAGAGGGUUGUAGGGGCAGAAAGGCCUAGUUGUGCAGGAGAAUAGAGCGCUGUUGAUCGGCGCUUUGUGUACAUACAGACUCUGCCAGUCACAGGAAUGGGUGGGUGCAGGUUUGAAAGAUCGCCUGAACAUUGAAGUGGCCCUGAAUCCAUUAACUGAGCAUUUUUGGUGCAUUGUCCCUGCAGAUUAUAUUUUUGUUUGUUUAAUUUUUCCAAUAAAGUGCAAGCUUCCAAA